UGCUGCUAUCUAUGGCCUGCAGAGCCCAGCUGAGCGGGAGGAAGGUCGGGAGCUUUCCGGUUUUCUGUAGUGUUUUGGGGGAUAGGGGUAAAAAGUGAUCCACAUAAAACAAAACAAUUAACACGACAGAAUAAACAUGGAUCCGGAAGCAUUCCUUGACCUAGCCAACCAGGUGGUCAAGUUGAAAAUGUACCCAUAUUUUGACAUCGCUCAUUCAGUCCUGUGUGCUCUACACGUUCGUGAAGAUUUGGGACCAGGAGCACAGGCCUUCUCCCGAAAACAUCCGAUGUCAUGCUGGCUCUCCACCAUGCUUGUGGUGUUUGCUGGAGGGAUGCUCUGCAAUGGCCUUCUCGGGGAGCCUGUCCUUGCCCCACUGAAGAACACGCAACAGUUGGUCGUUGCUACCGUCGUGUGGUAUGUCAUCUUUUAUACUCCAUUUGACAUUGGCUACAAAGCAGCAAAAUUUCUGCCAAUCAAAAUUGCGUGCUCAGGAAUGAAAGAAAUUUACAGAUGUAAAAAGGUGUAUGAUGGUGUAACUCAUGCAGCAAAGUUAUAUCCUAAUGCAUAUAUAAUUAUGAUUCUCAUUGGAACACUGAAAGGUAAUGGUGCUGGUUUUACAAAGCUCUUUGAACGAUUAAUCAGAGGGGUUUGGACACCAACAGCAAUGGAAUUCAUGCAACCAAGUUUCCCAACAAAAGCCUGUAUAGUUGCAUCUGUUAUAUUUGUCCUUGAUAAGAAGACUGACCUUAUCUCAGCACCACAUGCUCUGGUAUACUUUGGAAUUGUAAUAUUCUUCGUCUAUUUUAAGCUGUCUUCACUUCUAUUGGGAAUACACGAUCCAUUUGUGCCAUUUGAGAACCUGUUCUGCGCACUAUUCCUGGGAGGAAUCUGGGAUGCCCUGGCUAAGCUGCUUGGUCGUGGUGGGAACAAAGACGAAAAAGCAGAUGCAAAAAAAAAGGAUUAAAAUAUCUUAUUCAAGCUUCAACAUUCAUGCCGUGGAAUUGAGGAGCAAGCAGAACACAGAACUAGUCGUAAUGUUGCAUGUCAGAGCACACAAUACAUCGAGGGAUAUCUGAAACUCAAACACCAUUGUGAAGUAAUGAAAUUCCUAAGUAUGUUAUGCAUAAACUGUUUUAAAUGUUAUUUAUACAAAACGUUUUGUAUACAUCCUUUUUAUUCAUGGUACUGUUGUAAUCUACAUAUAUAUAGUGUAUGUCAUACGUAAAAUGUAUUUUUACUUGUGUCUGAGUCACAAAAAUGUAUUGCACUGUGUGUAUGUGUGUAACAUAACACUUUAACAUGAUUUAUCAUUUCAUUGUACAUUAGCUGAUCUCAGUGGGUGCAGUUCAGCCAUGGAAUGAACUGAUACAUCGUAAUUUUAAAUACACAGCACAUUCACAUAGGCUUCGUGUGAAUUGUAAUUUUAAUGUGAACAGAUGGUUUUACAUUGAUUUCCAUUAUGUAUGACAUUAACAGUAUUUAUGUAGAAAUAUCUAUAGUUAUAAAUUUCCUAAUAAAAUACAUCACCAAAGGCAUUAUAUAACUGGAA